AUGCCGACCACGCUGGGCUUGUUGGAGGCCAGUGGACAGUCACUGGUGGGCACGAAGCAGGUCGUGUGCUGCAAACAGAUGUUGGAAAUGGCAUCCAGGGUUGAGGGAUGCCGGCCGACAGGAGCACACCGUGAGCCAGCGAAGGCCACUGUCUCCAUUGUGCUGCGGGGAGAAUCAUCCAGUCCUGAACUGGUGUGCUGGGGACCUGGGACAACCAGCCUGCACCUCCCUACGUCACAGGCCUGGUGUGUGGACCAAACCGUGUUCAUCUGCUGCCAAGCUGCCCAGGGCUCUGCGUUCACUCCCGUCCCUCUCCCUGAAGUAGCUGCUUGGCUUAGAGACGACAUUCACACAGACGUCUGGAAGCUGGAGCGCAGAGAUGGUGAGUUCUACAGAGAACGGGGUUCUUCUUACCAUAAGAGGGACUCGGUGGUCGUUGAGGACGUGACCAUGGUCUUCAGCCAGGAAGAGUGGACCCUUCUAGAUCUUGCUCAGCGGAAACUCUACAAAGAUGUGAUGAUGGAAACCUACAGAAACUUGGCCUCCGUCGUCUCUCAAAACCUGGAUGACGAAGAAAAGGUGCCCAGUGACCACACUGAGCCUACAAUGAUGCAGUUCAUGAACGAUAGCGCCUGGUCCUCCACGUUCGGAGAACUCUCCAGAUCUCACGGCGACGACGAUCAGCCGAAAACCCACAGGAGGCAUUUGAGAAGUAAGUCUUAUGAAUGUAAGAAAUGUGGGAAAGCCUUUAGUGAGGCCUCAUCCCUCAGGACACAUAAAAGAACUCACAAGGGAGAGAAGCCUUAUAAAUGUAAGGAAUGUGGGAAAGCCUUCAGGUGUUCCUCAAACCUCACUACACACAUAAGGACUCACAGUGGGGAGAGGCCUUAUGACUGCAAGGAGUGUGGGAAAGCCUUCACGCAGCUCUCAGCCCUCACCACACACAUAAGGACUCACACUGGGGAGAGGCCUUAUGAAUGUAAGGAAUGUGAGAAAACCUUUAGUCGAGCUUCAUCCCUCACUAAACACAUAAGGACUCACAGUCGAGAGAGGCCUUAUGAAUGUAAGGAAUGUGGGAAAGCCUUCAGUCACGCCUCGUCCCUCACGACACACAUAAGGACUCACACCGGAGAGAGGCCCUAUGAAUGUAAGCAGUGUGGGAAAGCUUUUAUGUGGUCUUCAAACCUUAACAGACAUUUGAGAACUCACAGUGGAGAGAAACCUUACGAAUGUAAAGAAUGUGGGAAAGCCUUUAGUCAGACCUCCAACCUCAUUCGCCAUGUGAGAGCUCACAGCGGAGGUGCUACGCUGUGUCAGAAGUGGGACGUCUCCUUCUUGCUGCUAUAA